GGCCGCGAUAGGCGGAAUCCUGGCGCGCGGGUGCGCGCGCGCGCGCGCCCUGGCUCCACGGUUUCGGGACCGGACCAUGGCGGUAGCGGCCGCUCGGCGGCUCUGGGCCCUGUUGUGCCUGGUGGUGUCCGCGCCGCUCUUCCCAGGGGCGGCCGCAUUACGGUGUUACUGCCAUCUAUGCACAAAAGACAACUUUACAUGUGUGACAGAUGGGCUGUGUUUUACCUCAGUAACACGAACUGCAGACAAAGUAAUACACAAUAGUAUGUGUAUAGCAGAGAUUGAUCUGAUUCCCCGAGACAGACCAUUUGUUUGUGCCCACUCCUCCAGAGAUGGAGUCUUUACUUUCCCUCAUUGCUGUGACAGAGACUACUGCAAUAAAAUAGAACUUCCAAUUCCGACACCAGGCCCUACUCCAGGAAAACCAGCUUCUAAUCUAGGACCCGUGGAACUGGCUGCUGUCAUUGCUGGACCUGUGUGCUUUGUCUGCAUUUCACUAAUGUUGAUUCUGUAUCUUUGUCAUAAUCGUACUGUAAUUCAUCAUCGUGUGCCAAGUGAAGAAGAUCCCUCAUUGGAUCGUCCCUUUAUAUCGGAAGGAACUACUUUAAAGGAUUUGAUUUAUGAUAUGACAACUUCAGGCUCUGGGUCAGGUUUACCUCUACUUGUGCAAAGAACAAUUGCAAGAACUAUAGUACUUCAAGAAAGCAUUGGUAAGGGUCGUUUUGGAGAAGUCUGGCGAGGGAAGUGGAGAGGAGAAGAAGUUGCUGUGAAGAUCUUCUCUUCAAGAGAGGAACGCUCAUGGUUUCGCGAAGCAGAAAUUUAUCAAACAGUUAUGCUAAGGCAUGAAAACAUUCUUGGAUUUAUAGCUGCAGACAACAAAGACAAUGGUACAUGGACUCAGCUGUGGUUGGUGUCUGACUAUCAUGAGCAUGGAUCACUCUUUGAUUACCUGAACAGGUAUACAGUAACAGUGGAAGGAAUGAUAAAAUUAGCUUUGUCCACUGCUAGUGGUCUUGCUCAUCUUCACAUGGAAAUUGUUGGCACACAAGGCAAACCAGCGAUUGCUCAUAGAGAUUUGAAAUCAAAAAAUAUAUUGGUAAAAAAGAAUGGAACAUGCUGCAUUGCAGACCUAGGAUUGGCAGUUAGGCACGAUUCAGCUACAGAUACAAUUGAUAUUGCCCCAAACCACAGAGUGGGAACAAAAAGGUACAUGGCUCCAGAAGUUCUAGAUGAUUCCAUAAAUAUGAAACAUUUUGAGUCAUUCAAAAGAGCAGAUAUCUAUGCCAUGGGAUUAGUGUUUUGGGAAAUAGCUCGGCGAUGUUCAAUUGGUGGAAUCCACGAAGAUUACCAGUUGCCGUAUUAUGACCUUGUUCCUUCAGACCCUUCUGUUGAAGAAAUGAGGAAAGUUGUGUGUGAGCAGAAGUUAAGGCCCAAUAUUCCAAACAGAUGGCAGAGCUGUGAGGCGUUACGAGUAAUGGCAAAAAUUAUGCGGGAAUGCUGGUAUGCCAAUGGAGCCGCUAGGCUAACAGCUUUGCGCAUUAAGAAAACGUUAUCACAACUUAGUCAACAGGAGGGGAUAAAGAUGUAAUCCUGGAUUCGCUACCGAAGAAUACUGUAAAAAUCCAUGUCUGCACCAGAGUGGCGUGUUAAGAAGGUUAAUUGUUCUACCUCACUGGGGGAACAGAAGGAUAUUGCUGCCUUUUAGUACUUCAUAGGAACGUCACUUACUAGGAUUUUUGUGGACGUGCUGAACAGUUGUGUUGGGUCCUUUCUGUGCACUAUGAACCUCUUUCCCAGGUUACUUGCAAAACAUUGUGUAGUCUAGUUUUAUUUUUAUUAACCUAUAAUUUUUUAUUUUGAUAGCUGGUCUUCUAGUUAACUGUGCUAAAAACAGGAGGUCGCAUUUAAAAUUGAACUGGUUCACUAAUUUGUUCUAGAGUGCAUUGAUGGCUCUGUAAGCAACUUUAUUCCUGGCUGGUACAUUGACUAUUCUGAACCACCGGCAAGGCUCUUUGAUUCAGAUUGUGAAUGUACUGUUGGAGCUAGCUGUUAAGGUAGUACAUCGUUUGGACUCUUUGAUUUACAAAUUGACCUCAUUCAGUUGUGGGAACAUAAUUUAUGCAACUGUACUUUAUACAUGAUCACUGGGGUUUUUUUCCACUUUCUCAGAACAUUACAUUGCCUUCAAAAUAGAUUGUAUUAUACCAGUAAGUGCCGCUUUUGAGUCUUUUAAUGCAAAACAGUAGGAGUGUACAAACCCUAAGGUACUUUUGGUUUCAAAAAACAAAUUAAUGAUCAACUGUUCCUUUGCCUAGCUAAGAUCUAAUUCACACUCAUUUCAGCAAGUGAGUGCAUAAUUCAUGAAAUACCUUUAAUUUUACCAAAAUCUGACCCUUUAAACCACUGUGGGAGUUUUAAAUAGUGUAAGAUAGUUAAUUCACUGUCGUAAUUGUCAAGUCAUGAGUCAUAAUUAUAUUUAAGGGAGUUUUUUGUUGUUUUUUAUCAAGUGGUACUUCUGAAAUGCUUGAAGUACCUACCUACUUCAGAAAAGUAGCACGAGGAGUAAGAUGCUCUUAAGGGAGAUUUUGCUCCAUUAAAUCAAAUAUGAAAAGCAUAUUUUCUGUGCAGUUCUUCAGAGUCUUAAGGCUCAAAGAACAGUGUUUGCAGUUAAACAAGGAUUAAGUGCACCUGUAAUUAGGGAGAAGUUAUUUGGACUUUUUUAUGAGAAAGUUCAAAGCUGCUUAAAAAUUUUAUGUGCAUGUAUUUUGUGUGUGCCUCAUACACAGAAAGCGGUGAGCUGCAGAAAGUGCUGAGCUGCAGGUCUUUGGAUACAAAUACCAGAGGAUUUCAGCAAUUCUCGUCAUAGUUACAAGAACAAAGCUUAUGAUGGCUUGUGUUGUCAUAAGAACACAGAAGAAUAUACAUAGCUUUAGUCAAGAUUUGCCCAAAGUUUUAAGGGUAUUACAAGAUUUUUGCAAACUUCUGUAGAAAUUGAAUUGCUUCUUUGCCCAGAUGUAGAACUUCUGGAGGGGAUGGGGAAAAUUAAUGUGGAAAUUUCUCUUUAAAAAAUUGCUGUUAACAGGAUUAUUUUUUUUAUUUCCACUUUAGGAAGAGUCUGGUUGUCCUUUGCUUUUAUUAAUACCCAAAACACUUGGUAGUAUUUCAGUAUUUAAAAGUGGUAAUUAAUAUGCCACCUAAAUUCCUACUCUUCAGAACACAUCAGUAUCCAUCCUGUUGUCAACAAACGCAGCAACCUUAACUCUGCUUCCAUUUCAUUCUUCAGCAUAUAGUCACAGGAGAGUUUUUUAUAGGCAUAACUGGAUCUUUACCAUAGAUACAAAUGGUACAGUUCAUAUUUCAGAAUCGUCAUGCUACCGGCAUGCUUCAGAUCUCUGUAGUAAUCUUGAUGGUAACAUCAGAGAGCUUCCAAUGAAGUUCAUCAAAUAAUUUCAUUAGGGGCUUAUUUUAGCACCUACAAAUAUAAUGUUUAGUUUCCUAAAAUGUAAGGAUAGUUCUUUUGCAUUUAGAAGAGAAUCUAAGGCAGCUGAGCAACAUCACAGCAUGCAGACUUUUCAGUCAACUCUACGCUGGUUUGUUACAUACGUGUCAUCUCAAACACCUAGUAGUCUUCAUUCUCCUGAAUUGCUAGCAACUAUUCUUAAAUUGUUCUAAUUUUUCAUUUUGUAAUAGAGGCUUGCAAAAAACAAAGCACAGGAAGGAUGCUUGAUACAGUGUGUGAUGUUAGGAAUGUUAUUUUGGGACACAUUCAUAUUGGAAUGCAGAAAGGGAAAUUCUGAAUAAGGCUGUAUGUAUCCUCAGUUCUGACACCACAACUUCAAGCUUUGUUCUUCUUUUCCAUUAUAUAAACUGAACACCUUUUACAAAGGCUGUGUCUGUAUAUAUUAUGUAACUUUAAAUGUUACCUGUGUAAGAUCAUAUCUUAUAUAUAUGGACACAGGUACAUAUAAGUAUUUUUUAAAUUAAGAUUGUAAUAUCACCAGAUUUGCUCUUGGAAAUCCAGGGGGACCAAAAUAUUUUAGCAUUCAGAAUAUUAAUUUUGUAUCAUUUCAAGUAUAUACCAAAACAUUUUCUGAUGAAUACUGAUGCAAAUGUUUAUUGUAAAUAUUUCGUACAUUAUACAUUCACUUAACUUUUGUGGAUUUAAUCAAUUUGACAUUCUGGUAGCAUUGAAGCCUCAGUUUGGUUUACAGACUUGUGACCACAUGGAUAUGGAUGUGGAAAAUAGGGAGCAUUGGAAAUGGUCUGAUGCUGAAAAGCCGAAAAUGUUGAUUUUUGGAAUGCUGGAAUUCUUCAGGGACCUUCCAACCUUAAAAGCUGGAAUUCUGGGAUGUUUCUCAAGCUGACUUUCCGAGUAUGACACACUGUCACCUUCCAAUGGUUCCACUUACAAUCCUAAGAAAGACUUUGUGUGCAGGUAAAGACAUUGGGAUUGAUUAUAUGGGGACAUGAAGGUGUCAAAUGAAAUAAGAGGCUAUUUUUUUUUUUCCCAGUAAUCAUUCUGAGUGAUUGCCAUGAAAUUCACCUUUUAGUUAGUUCCUUCUUUAUAUAGUGCCAUUGAAAGGAUUGCAAGGUGUUAAAUCAUUUUGUGUUUUGGUUUGGUUUUGUUUUUUGUUUUGUAAGUUUUUGGUUUUUUGUUUUUUUUUAAAAAACCUUCACCAUAUCAGUUGCUUUAAACUCAAAUUACCUCUUAAAAGACCAAGGUACAUUUACCUCGUGUAUAUAAUGUUUAAUAUUUUUCAGAACGUUCUCUGGGUUUGCAGUUACAUGUUUCUAGAAAUAUGGGUAUUACUAAAUUUACAACUUCAGCGGUACUAAAUGUGUUAUCUGGUGCCCCAAAACACUUUAAUUUUCUGUAUUUUAUUGUAUUAGCAAGUUUGCUGCUUUGUCACUGUAGCACCUGCCUUUACAUAGCUGUGUGCAUACUGCUUUGUAAAUUUUACUUUUUUGGAUGAUUUGAGAAUCCUGUACAGAUGAGUGUAACUUUUUUAAACCCUACAAAAUUGUGUAUUUCCCAUACAUUUCUGAAAAUAUGUAUUGUAUUUGUAGAGUAUACAUUUCAAUGGAUUGUAAAUAGAACAGUAGAAGAGUGGAUGCUUAUGUUAAGUGCUAACACUACAGUAGAGAGAUUAUAAAGCAGUGAAAAUAAAUAAAUUUUUUCAAAAUGCA